AUGUUUCACAAGAAGAGGAAGACGAUGAUCCUCCAAGUGCUGUACGUCCUUCUGCCUCUUUUGGAUGUGUCGUCGUGCGCGGAGGAGAGCGCGCGCGCCGCCGGGGCCACGCGGCUGGACUGCGUGAGGGCCAGCGAGCAGUGCCUGAAGGAGCAGGCGUGCAGCACCAAGUACCGCACGAUGAGGCAGUGCGCGGCCGGCGGCAAGGAGAGCAACUUCAGCAUGGUGGCCGCCAUGGAGGCCAAGGACGAGUGCCGGAGCGCCGUGGACGCGCUGAAGCAGAGCCCCCUGUACAACUGCCGCUGCAAGCGGGGCAUGAAGAAGGAGAAGAACUGCCUGCGCAUCUACUGGGGGAUCUACCAGACGUUACAAGGCAAUGACUUCUUGGAGGAUUCUCCGUACGAGCCCGUGAACAGCCGUCUGUCUGACAUUUUCCGCCUGGCUCCCAUCAUAGAGGGUGGGGAACCUUGGAGCGUCUCGGCCUCUUCGGGGGGCGCCCGGGGCAGAGGGAGCCCCUCCUUCACGGAACUCCAGGAUCCCAGUAGAAACAGGAGAGCUCAUCCCAAUUGGGCCAUACUGGCGGGGGCCAACGUCUUCGGGUGGUCUCGCACUGACGCCGCUCCCACCUGCUCCGUGUGA